AUGAACCCAUCUUUCGCCCAGCCACCAAGGCUAUCACCCUUCGGCAAGUCGCACAUGUUGACUCACUCUAGUGGCAUGGCAUAUGUGUUCAUGCACCCACUCCUGGCUCGCUACCAACAGCUGCAGGGCGAACGGCCACUUAUCCAGCAAACUGUGAAAGAGUCCUAUCACCCUUUCCUGUUGUUCGAACCUGGCGAGCGCUGGCUAUACUCGCCAAGCAUCGACUGGGCAGGGGUCGCGGUCGAGCGGGUCACUUCCAUGAAGCUUGGGGAUUACAUGAAGCACCAUAUAUUUGACAUCGUUUCCGCCAAAGACGUUACCUUUCAUCUUGACCAACGAGAGGACCUUCGCGCGCGGAAGGCAAAGAACUGGGAAAGAGUAGGCCAGAGGCUAGAAGAGGAAAGGAAUCCUGUAUGGCCGGACCCAAUUGCAGAGGACCAAGGUGGUGGUGGUCUCUACGCAACAGUCAACGAGAUGCUCAAGGUCUACCACGGCAUUCUCACCGGAAAGCUGCUCCGGCCUGAAACUAUCAAGCUCAUGUUCCAGCCCCAUUUGGGAAGUAACAGUGGCCUUGACAAACCAGAUGAGUAUCCAUUGCCGGUGCAAAAUGCAAUCUGGAAUGCUGUGCCGCAUGACGUGCCUGUCAGCUUUGGGCUGGGUGGUCUUGUUAACACCGCUGCGAUUCCUGAGCAACGGGGGGUGCAUUCGCUCACCUGGUCCGGUAUACCGAAUUGCUAUUGGUGGAUCGACAUUAAUACUGGCGUCGCUGGUAUAUAUCUCUCUCAGCUUGUACCGAUGGGGGAUCAGAAGUCUGUGGAGCUGCUUACAGAGUUCGAAAAGUUUGUGUACUCGUCGUUGAACUAA